AUAUAUACUAGCUAGCAUACCUUGCUUCUAAGCUUCUCACCUUCAUUAUUUCAUUCUACAACAAUACAAUGUCGUCGACCCAUAAAAAGAAGAUUAUACUCAGCAAUAUCACCGUGAAACUAGGCUGCAGCAGCAGCUGUUCCAGGCCCAAAGACUCCACCGUUUUCCAACCAAAACCGCUGCACCGCCGCCGCCGCCGCCGCCACCAUUCCAAAUUCCGCGGCGACCCCAACCACUGCUCUUCCAGUUCGGUGGAAAGGUCAGCAACCACCUUCUCCUCCGGCGACUCCGAUAUCAGGGCCCUGAAGGCGGUGCAGGGCUUCGGGAGGAUCGACGGCGAGGGCGUGGCCGUGGAGAAGGACUCCAGCGACCCCUACCUCGAUUUCCGGCAGUCCAUGCUUCAGAUGAUCCUGGAGAGAAACAUUUACUCCAAGGACGACCUCAAGGUCCUCCUCAAUUGCUUCUUGCAGCUCAAUUCCCCUUACUAUCACGGCAUCAUCGUCCGAGCGUUCACCGAAAUCUGGUACGGGAUUUUCUCGGCGAGGCAGCCUCCGCCGGCGGCGGCGGUGGAAGGAGGAGGAGGAGGGAAAGAGUGUGCAUCACGUGACUUUUAGGUGAGGCACGUGACGCCCGUAUCGUUAGUCGUCUACUAACUUUUCUGUUUUGGGUUGAGUAGCCGGUGGAGUAUACAAAUGUGGACCCCUUAAUGUAUUUUGAUUAAUUUGAGUGAUAUAUUAAUAGGAAUAUAUAAAUAUAAGUAUAAUGUGUUUUAUCUAA